CCGUCUGUGCUGCAGCUUCUCCUCCAUCAGUCGACAUGUCUCUCAGGAGGAACUCGCUCUCAGGGCUCCUGCUCCUCCUAGUGUGUGUGUCUGCCUUUGUGGAGGAGCUUGAUGAUUCGUUCCUGGAAACGAGAGGAGCUGAUGACAUCUGGCUCAUAAAGUUUUACGCCCCCUGGUGUUCCUUCUGUAAGCAGCUGGAUCCGGUUUGGCAUCAGAUUGGAUCAGAGCUCAGAAGUGUCGGCUCACCUGUCAACGUUGGCAAAUCAGACGCUACCGUCAGCAUUGGUUUGGCCAAAGAGUUCCAGGUCAGAGGUUAUCCUGCCAUCCUCAUGCUGAAGAAAGAUGUGAAAUACAAUUAUUCAGGACCAAGAACCAGAGAGGGGAUCCUGGAAUUUGCUAAUCGAGUUGGAGGGCCGUUGGUUCGAUCUCUGAGCAGUCUGCAGCUCUUCCAACACGCAAUGGAUCGCCAUGAUGUCAUGUUUGUUUAUGUAGGAGCCACAUCACCACUGAAGGGAAACUACACGUCAGCAGCAGAAGAGCUGAUUAUUCACACCUACUUCUUCUCUGCAUCCAGAGACGUCCUGCCCAAGAUGGUCUCUCUGCCCUCUCUGCCAGCUGUGGUGGUUUUUAAAGAUGGAUCCUACUUCACCUUCAAUGAGGAACGUGACGGCGAUCUGAAGUCGUGGAUCAACAGAGAACGUUUCCUGAACUACAUGAAGAUUGACAGCUACACUCUGUAUGCUAUGGGAGAAACAGGUAAACUGGUGCUGUUGGCCCUGGUGGAGGCAAACAGUCUGUGUAAGGAAAGUCUGAGGUACAAAAGUCUUGUGGAGAAAGUUUCUGCUGAGAACAGAGAGACCUACAGCAGGCACUUCCACUUUGGUUUCAUGGAGGGAGGGGACUACAUCAAUGGACUGGUGAUGGGCGAGGUGACCCUGCCCUCCUUGAUUGUGGUUAAUCUGUCCAAUGAUGGCUACUUCCUGCCCCCGGGCGCUGUGGAGACGGAGCGCCACCUGCUGGACUUCCUGGAUGGGGUUCUGGAAAGCAGCAUUGAGUGUCAGGGAGGAAACAGCAUCCAUCAGCGCAUUAGACGUGUCAUCUACGACAUUAAAGUCACGCUGACACCGCUGUUCAGCCAAGCUCCGCUGUUUGGCUGCUUCCUGGUCAGCUUCCCACUCGCCAUCGCCAUCUUCUUCUGCUACCUCUGCUGUAAGGCCCGAUCUAACAUGAGUGAGGACGAUGACGGCGAGGGCGACACACUGUCAGCUCCAUCACCGCAGCGUCGGAAGAAACUGAGUGACAAAAAGACAGAUUAAUGAAGAGGAGCAGGAGGAAGAUCUCCACCGUUCUGUGUGUCUGACCUUUGUUAAGUCAAAUAAAAGUACUAAACACACUUUA